AUGGCCGCCGCAGGGUCCCAGCAGCUCCAGUUCGCGGAGGGCGCCGCUUUCCCCGCCUUCCCCGACGCGCACCCCGGAGGGCCGCUGCUCCCGCCCGCCCGGCUGCCCCCGGCGGCCCCCGGCCCCCGCGCCCCAGCGGCCACGCCGUGCUUUUCGGGCCGGGGCCCCGGACCCGCGGCGCACACCCCCGCCGGCCUGGACCCGCCCGGAGCCCCCAAAGGCGCGGCCGCCCCGUCGGCGCCGCAGCGGCGCAAGCGCACGGCGUUCAGCUCCGAGCAGCUGCAGUUGCUGGAGCUCGUUUUCCGCCAGACCAUGUACCCCGACAUCCACUUGCGGGAGCGCCUGGCUGCACUCACGCUGCUCCCCGAGUCCAGGAUCCAGCAGUUUUUGUCUCCUGACCCCCAGGUGUGGUUCCAGAACCGACGGGCCAAGUCCAGGCGCCAGAGUGGGAAGUCAUUUCCGCCCUUCUCCUCACAGCGACAAGUUUUCCUCCAUCGCUCUGCCCCUGGGACUGAAGCAAGAAGUCUGAAGCCACAGCUGCCUCUGGAGGCAGAUGUGAACUGCCUCCCGGAUCCCAGCAGGGCCGGGGGUGGAGUCUGCGUACCGGGUUCCCAAGGUCAGAGUUUUGAGAAUUAUUCGCCCCUCUCUGAAGAUAGCGGCUCAAAGUUGGACUCGUGGGAGGAGCACAUCUUUUCUGCCUUAGGUAACUUUUGAGGAUCCUGGGCGAGAUCAGGAUGCAUCUGACUGGCAUGGCCUUGCUAACUAACGUUGAUGAUGGACCGGGAUCUUCUCUCGCGUGCAGGCCCCUCCUCCGCCACACUGAGCCGUCACCGGUGGCCUGCGCUCGGGGCUCCCCCGCCUCCCACCCAGGAAGCCCCGUGCCUCUCCAAGGCUGCACGUUUGACUUGUCCACACCCCCUGGGCCUUCUCACGAGGGCUAUUCCUAUUUUCUUCAGACCGACUGUUCAGAACAUGUUUUCUUCGCAAGAGACGUCAGCUUGACUCAGUUUCCCUUUUCUCGGCAGAUGCUGUCUUCUCAUGGUCCUUCUAGGACCUACAACCUAGAUUUCAUGCACUCUAACCCGCACCAAGAUUUAUCACUUUUUUUUUAACUGAAUCUUUGUUUUGUUGUUGACCUUGCUGUGUAACUAAGGAUGACCUUCUACCUUUAUCUUCCCAGUGCCGAGAUUACAAGUGUGUGCCACCAUGACUAGAUGUUGCUGCUUUGUUUAAAAUUGUCUAUGAUGUACAACGUAGAUAUCCAAACCAAGCUGUUUAACACAUGCAUGACCUCAGUCACCUUUCUUUUUUCUGUAAUGACACUUAAAAUCUAUUAUUUUAGCAACUUUCAAGUAUAUGAAAUAUACUAUGAAAUAUCUUUCAAGUAUAUGAAAUGUUGAUAUUACUCAUAGCCAUUAGCCAUUACCGUGUAUUUCUUCAGCUUCUCUAGCUGAAACCAUGUAUCCUAACCACCUGCCUCUCACUUGACUGGUUUUUUCAUCUGGCCUGUUUUAUACUCAAUCAGUAAGGACAUCAUAUUUAAGCUCUUUCAAGAGCCCCAUGCUUCUCAUACCCCAUUUUUUUUCUUUUAAUUACUCUAUUUAGAAAUUAGUAGCAGCCUCUGCUUAUCAAAUUAUAAGAUCCUUUCAAGCAUGCUCCCAAUAAAUGCCAUCAUCUUAUGCAAACCUUAAGAUCAUUUACCCACAAUGUACUUCUCUGUCUCAGUCCUUCCUUUCUGGCUGGGACUCAGUGAAAAAGUCUCUUUCAAAACAGCUUGGGCACCCACCUUUCUGAAGCCUACACUUUUUCUAACUAAUCUUAAUUUUUAUACCUGUUAUUUUGACAACCGUUUUUCUUGGCACUUGUUGUUUCCUGUGCAACAUUAGUGGAUUAUGGAAAGUUUCUCAGUGUUCUCAUGUAAAUUCCAUUCAAAUGAAUCCUGUUCUCCCAUGCCUCGGUGCACAGUUGCUGAGCACAUCAGUGAAUGGCCGAGAAAAGGUUUUGAAGGGAAGUUUCUGCAAAUGCUGUGCAUUGAGAAUUUGAGUUAAAAACUUAUUUGCCAGGCUGUCGAGAUGGCUCGGUGGGGUGGACACGUUGCCCCCAAACCUGACAACCCCAGUUUGACCUCUAGGAUGCACACAGCAGAAGGGAGAGCUCAUUUUCUCAGGUUGUCCUUUGACUUCCACAAGUGUGCAGCGGCGCGCACACACACACACACACACACACACACACACACACACUAACGAAAGAAAAAAGCCCUUACUGUUUAGACUUUCCCAUUGCUGUGGUAAGACACCAGGGCAACUUACAGAAGUGUUUAAUUGGGCUUACGGCUACAGAGGGGCAGAGCCCAUGAUGGAGAAGUGAAGGCAUGGCGGCAGGAAGAGCGAACAUUGGAAAACAAGGAGGUAGAGUACUGGGGAGGGCAGGAGACUUCUGCCUUGAAGCCCGAACCCAAGUGACUACAUCGUCCGCAGGACCACACCUCCCAAUCCUUCCUAAAUAAUUCCACCAACUGGGGGCCAUUGGACCACAUAGCUCAACCGUGAGCUAGAGUAGCCGUUCUCGUUCAGGCCACCACUCUUAGCUUAGCUUGCUCAAUGUACAUAAGACUUAUAAGUAUUUUGGUUUACUUAUUGUUUUUGUUUUUUCAAGACAGGGUUUCUCUGUAGCCCUGGCUGGCUUUGAACUCAGGGAUCUGCCUGCCUCUGCCCAAGUGCUGGGAUUCCAGGUGUGCCCCACCAGUGCCCGGCUCAGCUGUAUUCUUAGGAGCAGGCUCUGCUGUCAACACAGCACUCAAGGACAGACAGUGCUACAAGAUGAGGUCUGACUUAAGUGUAACAAGUGAGCUUUAAGCAAUACACGAUACAAAUGUCAACACACUUACCUGCUUCUAGGCAGAGUAUUAAACGAGCCUUCUGCUGGGUUCAUACUAGAACAAUAACUUACUUGCUUGGUGUUCCCACAGUGACUUAGUCACAGAUGAAGAAAACAAACCGGCUGUCCCUAGUGUGAAACUGCAUGGGGCUUCCCAAGAUGGCUAGAGCUAGGCGCGGUGCAGCGUGCCUCAAGUCCCAGCUGCAGCACAGUGAGAAUUUAUCAAAAAACAAACAAACAAAAACCCGACAACAAAAACAUAAACGAUCUGGUGACUAAUCUGUAUUGCAUCUCCUAAAAACUUAGUGGAAAUUGUAAUUCUUGAAAACAUUAAAAAAUUAAAUUUUUUUUGAGACAGAUUUUUUUCUAUGUAGAACAAGGUUGCCUUGAACUCACAGAAAUGCGCCUGCCUCUGCUGGGUCCCAAGUGGUGGGACUACAGGACUGCACCACCACACCUAGGUAUAAAAUUAUUGCUUUUAUCUAUUUGUGUACAUAUGGGCUGGUCAAAGGGUAACUUACAGAAGUCAGUUCUUUUCUGGUACCAUGUUGGUCCCGGGAUCAAACUGAGAGCUAGCCUAGCCACCAAGCCCUUUCACCAGCUAUCUCACCAGCUGAGCUAUCUCACCAGCCCUCUGAAAACAUUUUAAACAGAAUUAACUAUCACCUUGUAUUAAAAAAUGAGAAUGCAGAUAUUGUUAAAU